AUGACUUCGAUUGAUAAAAAAAUUCCAAGUUAUGUAAGAUUUGCAAUAGCAGGUUUGUCAGGGGGGGGAGCUUCAUUUAUAAGUCAUCCAUUUGAUCUUGUCAAAUAUAGAAUGCAAUUAAGUGGUAAAGGAGGAUCAGAAAAAAUCCAUAAAACAUCAGUUCAUGCUGUUUACAAUAUAGCAAGCCAAGAAGGGAUAUUGGCCAUAUAUAAUGGUUUAUCAGCAAGUGUAUUUCGUCAGUUAACAUUAACAAUGACAAGAUUAGGACUUUAUUCAGUUAUUGUUGAUAAAUAUACAGCGGCAGAUGGUACACCUCCACCAAUUACAGUACAAAUUUUAACUGGUUUAUUAAGUGGUGCUGUUGGUGCUUUUGUUGGUAAUCCUGCUGAUAUAGCUCUUGUUCGUAUGUCAUCUGAUGGUGCUUAUCCACCGGAAAAAAGAAGAAAAUAUAAACACGUUUUCAAUGCAAUUAGUAGAAUAAUUAAUGAAGAAGGUGCUUCAGCACUUUUAACCGGUGUUAAACCCGCCAUGUUGAGAUGCAUGGUUUUAAACGUUACACAAAUUGUUCUUUAUAAAAAUACUAAAAUUAUUUUACUUAGAACCGGUGCUUUCCAUGAUAAUUUACUUCUUCACAUAAUUUGUUCGAUUUGGACUGCCAUGAUAUCAUCCAUAGCUACAGCUCCCAUCGACAUAACUAAAACAAGAAUCAUGUCGAUGAAAAUGAUCGAUGGAAAACCCGAAUAUUCAAACAUGGUUGACGUUUGGAUGAAAAUAAUUAAACAAGAAGGUUUUUUCUCACUUUGGAAAGGUAUAACUCCGACAUUUGCACGUACCCUACCCAAUAAUUUUGCCAUUUUUAUUUUUCUAGAAAUUUUCACUAAAGCUUAUAAAACAAUCGUGUUAGGUGACAAAUCCAACACCGGUUUUUAA